UUUAUUUUUUAUUUUAUUAUUAUGAACACUUUUUUAACACCAACACAACAUUACAGGAAUGAGCAAAUUAUCUUUGGAAGUUGAAACAUGGUCGUGGUAUGGACAUCCCUGCCUUGCUUACUAUUCAUUUAUUGAUUUGAUUGGGCAAUGGUGGUGUACGUCAUACUCAAGAAAUGUUUACUUAUACAAAGGCGACCAACAUUUUGGUGGGAGGAAUUUGUGCAUAGCCCAGAGGACACCCACAACCAUGGGCAGGUUGCUGGCAGACCUCCCCAUGUACGGCACGAAAGGAAGCCAGCAUGAACUGGACUCACAGCGACCCCAGUGUGGAGAGGUUCUUGGGUCACAUGUCAUAUACAUGUAGUAGAUUAACAUAUAGAUUAUAGUUCUAAAAACUUGUUUUCUUAACUCAGAAACUGGAUAAUUUGUACCAGGAAUUAUCAAAGAGUUCAAGUGAGUUCAAUCUGGGAUUAAGAUAGACUGCCUUAAUCCGAGACUUAAUAAACACCCAAACAAGUACACUUUUAUAUGUACUCUAUGGGUGAAACAAACGUUAUCAGAAGUCCAGAAAUCAGUAUUUCUUUAGCUCUGUUUUCAGUAAUGGUUUUCAUUUCCCAUGUAUAUGUAUUUGUUCACGUGUGGAUGCAGUGGGCCUCUGCGGACGCUUUACUCUAUCAGUAUAAUAUGGAAUACGGGAGGUAACUGCUCCGUCUGUUGUUGAUGUACUUCCGGUCUUAUCAUGAACGUCUGCUGUUCGGUACUGUUGCCAUCUUGCAGAAGCCGCUUUCAUCUCUACAACAACAGCAGUCAGAAAAGCAGAAAUUGUAAGUGCAUCUCCUGAAGAGUAAGCCCAAACGCGGCGUCUUCAGAUAACGUUCGGAUUUGUCACUGAUUCCUUACAGCCAUGGUCGAUCCCAGAAUCAAGCCUAUAGUAAUCAAGGCGGGUGUCGUCACCAGAGGGUGGUUUUGCACGUGGGGAACCUUAUGUCGACAACUACAGAAGACAAAAUUAGAAAGCUGUGCAGUCAAGUUGUGGGAAGAGACAACGCUGUGGAAAGAGUAAAGAAGAUAAGAGAUUAUGCAUUCAUUCAUUUUAGAGACAGAGAUGCUGCUAUCAUGACCAUGACUAAACUUAAUGGAAUGAAUGUUGAAGGUGCUUACAUUGAGGUUGCAUGGGCAAAAGGAAGAGAGCAGGACUGGCACUUGGGUGAGGUUGAUAGAGCAUACAACAGAGGCCAGGAAGCGUUGGAAUCUUGGAAGCAGAAAGAAGUAUCAUAUGUUAAGGCUAAUCAGGACUGCCACUUGGGUGAGGUUGAUAGAGCAUACAACAGAGGCCCGGAAGCGUUGGAAUCUUGGAAGCAGAAAGAAGUAUCAUAUGUCAAGGCUAAUCAGGACUUCCACUUGGGUGAGGUUGAUAGAGCAUACAACAGAGGCCAGGAAGCGUUGGAAUCUUGGAAGCAGAAAGAAGUAUCAUAUGUCAGGGGCUAUGGCAAUGAUCCUAGUUACUCGCCUCCAUUGUAUUACAACCCGAUGUCUCCACCACCCGCAAGCAGGGCGUUGGCAGAGCGAGGUCCCAUGGGCAUCAGAAGCCUUGUGCGAGGCCGAGGGAUGAUGAGGGGGUGGGGCUUUAGGAAACAUCCAGCAGAGGUGCUCGAUGACCUUUGCCAGAAGAAUGGAUAGGGAAGUCCUGUAUACCAGCUUCAUUCUCUCAUGGGAAGGGAUGGAAGUGGUGCCCAACAGCUCUUAGAGCUCUUUUUGUACAAGAUCACCAUACCAGCUCUCGGUACUCAGUUUCCAAAUCGUAACCCAUUUACCCCAAAUAAACUGUGUUCUACUGUUGAGGGGGCAAAGGUUUUUGCAGCGGAGUACACUUUGAUGCAGUUAGGUGUGCCUCUUGAAGCCCUAGAGUACAUUAGCCCACCAUGUCCUUACACCCAGCCGAGCUAUGCCAACCACCCCGACCCACCUGUGGAACGCUUCCAACAGAUCGUGUGAAAAGCCAUGGAUGACCUACUGGUAGUUGUCGUUUUCUCUUCGAUGGUCAUUUGGCAAUCUCUACUAAUAGAGCCAGACAUUUUGACACCUGCUUUGACCGGUCUUUUCAAAGUCGAAUUAGCUGUUCAGUGC